AUGCGGCGGCAGGCUCGGAUCUCAGGCGGCGGCGCGCUUGUCGUGCGCACCGCCUCUGCCUUACAAGUUUGGCUGUGGUUGCUGAUAUUCAUAUUCCAGAACGAGUUUCGAAUAUCCCGGUCAAUUCAACCAGGUUAUUUGGAUUUUGACAACUUGCCCGAAACGAACUUCACGUGCACGGGCAAGGUUAUUGGCGGGUACUACGCGGACCUGGAGACCUCGUGCCAGAUGUUCCACGUGUGCACGGUGGGCCAGAAUGAUGAGCCCAUGGACAUCAAGUUCCUUUGCCUCAAUGGCACUGUCUUUGAUCAGGAGACAAGAGUGUGUGAAAGAGUAGACGAAGUAGAUUGUACAAAGUCUGAAAAGUUCUACAGUUUAAAUUUAGAGUUAUAUGGUAGCACAGCGCCACCUAUCAUACAGCCAGACCAACAAAAACCUCAAGCACAACCAACUGAACAAUCACAACAACAUACCAAACCAAAUUUAGAAGCUGACCCUUCAGUAGAUGAUAGUUCUACCACAACACAGGACAAAACUCAGGAACACACUCCAGAUGCUACAGAUUCAACGGAAGACCCAAUCCAAGAUAUUCAACGUGAUGAGCCGAAAGUUCCGCAACCCAACCCUACGCACCAGCCUUUACCAUUAUCAGAACAUGAUGAACUUACCGGAGGAGAGUACCAAGAAGAAGAUGAAGAUGCCGACUACGAAGAUUACGCUCAUCACCCAAGUACAACGACGACACUACCAACAACGACAUCGACGACGACUACAACCACCACAACUACUACAACCACGACAACUACUGCCAGACCACCUAUAACAACAAUAUUGCCUUCCACAUCCCACCCAUCUCCAAUACCUCACAUAAUUUCUUCGCCAACUCCCAUUCUAUCGUCACUAUCUCCUCCUUCGCCAUCAUAUCCACCUUCAGUACCAUCCGCUCCGUCAGCACCGUCCGGCUUGUCAGCUCCGUCUGCACCUUCUGCACCAUCUGGACCUUCUGCUCCCUCUAUACCAACACUUGACCCCUCCUUACUUUCACCACAAGAAUUUAUCUACCGUCAUCGGGGGCCAGGAUCUGAAGCUAUAUCAUUUCAACGUCAAAGCUUUCGACCGGCUGAUGGAGUUUAUAUAACACAUGCACCACCGCAACAAUUCGACCACUUUCAAUAUGAGUCGUCUCGAACUGCUCCGCGGCCAUCAGCGCAGCGUCCCGCUCCCUUUGUACAACGACCUCAACCAGCUCCAUUUCGGCCCACCACACUAGAUCCUCGUGAUCAGUUGCUGCGUCCUGGACCAACUUCUCAAUCUUCCGAACGACAUGAAACAUCUGUUAAACAAAAUAGGCCACAAAACUAUCCUCAGUCUUUACCAGCGCAAAGACCCUUGCCAUUUAAUCCAUUCUAUUAUGAUCGCAAACGAAGUGACGACGUAGUUCCAGAAACAGCAUCUGCAUUAUCAGCACGAUCUGUUGCUCCACCAAACGUAACAGACAAACCGCAAAUAAAGUUAAAAAGUCCUCCAAGAGUGAUUGUAACAGCAAGCGCGUCAGUCAGCGAUAGCAAUGGUAAAAGACUGAACUAUACAGUUGGCAACGUUGUCAGUGCAGUUAAACCAAUAGUUCCGAUAAAUUACGACGAUUAUAAAGAAUCCGAUCUUAUUUUUGACCCAUUCUUUCUUGAUGUCCCAAAACUACAAAAGAGACGAAAAACUAGAUCUAAUAAAAAUAGAAACAUAUUUACGGUUCCGUCUACAGUAACAGUAGCGUCCGAAUUAUUACCUGAAAAAACCACUGUCACGGUGUCGCCUAUGACAUCAAGAGCAACAACUACGCGAAUAGCAGAACACCAGGUAUCAGUAGCGACCACGACCGCCGUUUGGAACCCUAACGACUACGUCGAUGACAACUACGAACCCCAUGCCUACAUUCCACCAGUACCACCACUAGCUGUGUUAGUGCCACACGAGCUGAAUAAGUAUAAGAAACACGAUAGACUAUCUAAGAAUGAUUUAGGUGAAAAAAAGACUCACAAAGAUCACAAAACGAAUAUUGGUAAUAUCGAACAAUCCAAGCCGACGUCGGCGUCUGCGCUGCAGACAUACUCUAGUCAUGUGGCGGCCGCGGACAGGGCGCCCACUGCCGCCUCGCCGCCGCCUGCGCCGCUACUCGAGGCGCCCGCUCCUGCGCCCGCCUGCGCCACCUCGCGCUCUACUCACUGUCGGACUCGUGCCUAA